GCUCUUUUGAAAGAAAGAGAGAGAAACUAUGAUUUUAGAGAAGGAUUAUUAAAGGUAGCAUAAUUCUCCUUCCUUUUCCUCCUUACUCCUUACUAAUAAUUUAUAUAGUAGUUAGUUUUAUAAUACGAUCAUGUAUUCUUAGACUUGUAGAUUUGACAAAAGCUCAAGGCUAUUAACAAAUUCAGUGUACUUCUCAAUCAUGAAAGAUUUUUCAUAAGGAAACAAAGGGAUCAUAGCCAAGUCUGACAUACGCGUGCUUCAUGAUAAGAAACGAUAGAUGUCCGAUGGUCAGUCGAAAAAAUUGCAAUUUAUUUGUUGUUAGUGAUAUUGUUGAAAAAUCAAGGUUUACGAAAUUAAAUCAGGGUGUAAUUUGUAACUCGGUUUCGACACGGUAGUGCAAAUAAAAACUAAAAGUCAGAGAUAUCCGAAUUCGUCCCUGUACCUCAGUACCUCAGUACCUCGUAUUUUUGCUACCUGUAUUUUCAAUUGAACAAAGCCUGUAUUUUAAUAGUUUUCUUAUUCUACCAGUUCGUCUUUACGAGUGAAGAAGUCGAUUGUAUAUUUUGCGCUAACAGCGCGAUAAAACGUGAAACGAAAAUCGGAGCGGCAGAGUUUAAAUGAAAGCUCAAAUGCGGCAUCUUCUCAGUUCUUGUGCUAAAAAACAUAGUUUACUACUAUUAAACUAUCGAAUAACAGCGGCAGAGGAAAGUGCAAUAUACGUUUGUUUUGUGCUAAGAAUCGUUUGUUGAUUUGCUUCAUGAAUUACAUUGUUGUACAUUUUCAAUGUAUCUCGAGUCCCUGAAGAGAAUCUGUCUUUAGACAGAUGUAUCAAGAACUUAGUCUGGAUGAUCAUGGAUGUUGACUACACAGUAGUCAGUUUAAAACGAUCCAGUAGUGCACCCAUGAUCAAUAAGAUCACUGCAACAAUGUCUGUAACAUCACCUUCGGCUUCUGCGCCCAGAAUUCUGGAACUGUUCCUAGGCUAACACCACGUGUAAGUCAAUUGAGGCAAGAAGAAUGUAUCGAUGUUGCUGGUCGUGAAGCAGCACAUGAGAAAGAAAUACACAGUGCCAUGCAGAUCUCUCAGUCUUGGGAAGACCUCACCAUAGAAGCAGAAGGAUUAUCCUUCAAAGAUUCAGAAUCAACUUCAUUGCAAUUUAAAAUAGAAUCGCAGCCAAUUGCUAAACGAAUUCUUGAUCCACUAAAUAUUAACUUGUCUGUAAGUGGUCCAACUACAUAUUCCUCACCAUCACCAACAAGAACUGGUUUUGGUCAGAGACAAUGCUAUUCACCUGGUGUUCAUGCAGCUACAUGGAAAAGUAAUUUAUCACCUAGUCCUACUAGAAAAGCAUUUGCAACAAGGCGGAGCCUAAGUCCUAUCGCGAUACGACCAAGUUGUUUGGCAUCGGUUAAAAGAAAAUUUGAAUUGGACGACUCUGGAAUGGAUCAAUUACAACCUCCUGUAAAACGUAUUUCUGGUUUACUAACUUCAGCCGCAUCUAGAUUGGAUGUGGCAAUAUCUAGUCUACAUCCAACUAUUAGUUCAGUUGGAACUCCAGAAUCUUGUUCCAGUCUUGACACCCUUGGCUUUUCUUUUCGACCUGUGCAUAGUCCAUCCCCUGGUCUAAGUGCUCCUUCAGUUGUUAACGAUGAUCCAUCUUCAUCUUCAUCUUCAUCUUCAUCUUCAUCUUCAUCUUCAUCUUCAUCUUCGUCUUCGUCUUCGUCUUCGUCUUCGUCUUCGUCUUCGUCU